AAAAUCUUAAAAAUCAUUUCAGACAAAAAUCUCACACCCCCACCGCACUCUGUUUUCCGUUGCUUCACUUCAACUUCUGCACAAAGCAAAUCCAAACUCAAACAGUGAGAUCUCAAUUCAAAUUUUGCUCAAUUAAGAUUUAGAUCUCAUCAAUCCUCAGUUUCAUUUCAAUUGUAAGUCAGUAAAGUUCAAAAUUUUUAUCUACUUUCGUUUCAGUAUUUAGCUCUAGUUUCUUUAUUCAGUUUCAAGAUUGAAGUAUUGGGUUCUGUAGAAAUGAAGAGUAUACAUUAAUGAAUAUGCAAUAAGUAAAGUUGGGUUCUAGUUAUGUUUGAUUCCUGAGUUAAUUUCAAGAUCUGGGUAGGUUUCAGAAUUUGGAAAGAACCCAUGAAAGAGACAAAUCCAAGCACUGAGCCUAUAGGGCAAAACUUGAUAAAGCUUAUAAGCAAUUUGUGCUUCUCUGUGUUUGUAUUCACAGUUUUGAUAUUCACUGUCAUUGCAAUCACUUAUCAACCUCCAGAUCCAUGGCUGGAAUCAGCUCCUGCCCUUACUAAACUCUUUACUGAAAGUGAAAAUGCCACUUUCAAAAAUGAUGAUUCUAUUCUUAAAACUGGUGAGGAUUUACAAAUUGUGUCAGCUCCUGCAGUGCCACCUGCUUUGGCUGUUGAACCAAUCACCGAGGAGGUGAUUGAGAAAUCUGAGAAGGUGAUUGAGAAAUCUGAGGAGAAAGUCUCUAACUCGACCCUUAUGUCGUCUGGCUGUGAGGAUUUGCAGGCUGUGAAUUGUUCAGACCCAAGGGUUUUGAUAACGGUUGAGAAGUUUAAUUUGAAGUGGUUUAAGUCAAUUGCUUUUUUUGAGUAUCAAACUCCUGUGAAUGGGUCGAAGCCAGAUGAGUGCGACGUGGCAUGGAGAUUUAGGAAUAAGAAAGAGAAGUCAUGGAGAAAGUAUAGAGAUUUUAGGAGGUUUAAGUUUGGAACUGGGGAGAAUUGUACCUAUAAAGUUGUUCAUGCUAGUGGUUGGCAUUCAGGCACUAAUGCACGGAGACAAAGGAUUAGACUAAAUGCUACUAAGAAUGGUGGAAAUAAUCAAAAGAUUACACCACCAUUUCGUGAUGAGGAGAUAAAUGACACGAUACCAAGCUUGGGAUCAGAGAUGAAUUUUAGAAAAGGGAGGUACUUAUAUUAUUCCAGAGGAGGGGAUUAUUGUAAAGGAAUGAAUCAUUAUAUGUGGAGUUUCUUGUGUGGAUUAGGAGAAGCUAUGUAUUUAAAUAGGACUUUUGUGAUGGAUUUGAGUAUAUGCUUGGCUGGUAGUUAUAAUCCGAGUGGUAAGGAUGAGGAAGGGAAGGAUUUUCGCUUCUAUUUUGAUUUUGAGCAUCUUAAGGAGGUGGCAUCAAUCGUAGAGGAGAGUGAAUUUUUGAGGGAUUGGAAGAAAUGGGAUCGUGCCCAUAAGAAGAAACUGCCAGUUAAGAAGGUUGUGACCCAUAAAGUGAUGCCAAUGCAAUUGAAGAAAGAUAAGAGCACAGUUAUUUGGAGGCAGUUUGAUGCUCCUGAGCCAGAAAACUAUUGGUACAGGGUGUGUGAAGGACAAGCUGCAAAGUACAUUCAGAGGCCAUGGCAUGCACUUUGGAAAUCAAAGAGAUUGAUGAAUAUAGUGACAGAGAUCAGUGGGCAAAUGGACUGGGAUUUUGAUGCAGUUCAUGUUGUUCGAGGAGAGAAAGCACAAAAUAAGGAGCUCUGGCCUCAUUUGGAUGCUGAUACUUCCCCUGACACACUUGUUGCAAAGCUUCAAGGGAUGAUUCAACCUUGGCGGAAUCUGUAUGUUGCAACUAAUGAGCCAUUCUACAAUUACUUUGAUAAAUUGAGGUCCCACUUCAAGGUUCAUCUACUUGAUGAUUACAAGGUAUUAUGGGGAAAUACAAGUGAUUGGUACAAUGAGACGAUGCUUUUGAAUAAUGGACGACCAGUUCAGUUUGAUGGGUACAUGAGAGUUGCGGUGGAUACUGAGGUUCUUUACCGGGCAAAAACACGCGUGGAAACAUUUUAUAAUUUGACCAGUGACUGCAAGGAUGGGAUUAAUAGAUGCUAACCAGAAUGUUCAACAUUGAAGGUCUGGAUGAGUUUUAUUCAUUCAAUUUGUGCAUGAGUAAUUCAUCCUUUUUCAAGCUUCAUUAACAACAAACACGCACUGCUACUGCUGUUGAUAAAAUGCCGAAGAGGCGACAUCUUAAAGACAAACUAGGAGAUUUUGCAGCACCUAAUUUGUCAUGUAAUUUUCCAGUUUCGCCUCUCUGUAACACCAAGGGACUUGCCCCUCUAAUAUCCUUUGAAGUUUCAUCUUCUUCAAUUGUAUCAGAUAUUGAAGUGUAUGUCAGUGACUUACAAGUUUGAUCUAUCUUGGCAUCAGAAUUUAAUGAAAACUUUGUGGUUUCA